AUGGAUACAAACUUUACUUGGUCAAAAACUCAAAGAGGUGAAAUAGCAAUUUUGUAUAAUAGUUACUUAUACCACUUAAAACGUGUAAAUCAGAACGUCUCGUCAGUAUACGCUUGUACUUUCAAAUCCUGUUAUUGUGCUAUUACUCUGAAAAAUGAUGCGAUUACAAAAUCUAUUGCCACAAAUCAUAAUCAUGAUUCAAAAUUAACUGAUAAUGUCCAAAUUGUAUUAAUUGGAUUGAAACGGCGAGUAUUAAAUGAUGCCAAUAAACUAAUACCCAAGAUUUACGACGAAGAACGUCGUGAAAAUGGUAUAGCUGCUACGGUUUUCGAUGCACGGAAAUCAACUUUAUAUUCUAUUCAUAAAACAAUAUUAUCUUCAAUACCGACACCACUAUCAUGUAUUGUAAUUCCACAGGAUAUGUAUUAUAAUAAUUCUAAAGAAGAAUUUUCGUUUUAUAAUUCUCCAACACCACAUAAAGUUAUAGCAUUUGGAUCGGAAUCAGCAUUAAAACUUUUAAGUGAAAAUUAUCACUGGAAUGCUGAUGGGACAUUUCGUACAUCGCCAGCAUUAUUUAGUCAAGCAUAUUAUAUACAUGUAUGGGAUGAACAUAGUAUAAAACCAAUAGUAUAUUCGUGUUGUGAAGAUAAAUCUCAAAACGGUUAUAUUUGUUUACCUGGGUCAUUAGUUGGCUACGCAGCACAAAAAAGUAUUGUUUUAAAUUCAUCGUCGAUAUUAAUAGAUUUUGAAAAAGCUGCCAUUAAUGCAAUUAGUGAUGUAUUUCCACAAACAUUAGUUAAGGGUUGUCAUUUUUCAGUACACUCAGAAUGUAUGGAAGAAAGUUAA